CGAAAAAUAUUAAAAUAACUUUUAAAGCACUUCUUUAAGACAUCGGAAUUUGUAAAACUUGUUAUUUUUUAUUUUAUUUCCAUUUUUAUGUAUUUUCCACUGGAUAACUAUCAAGCAAAAGGAGAUCCAAUUAGAGCAUAAAUUAUCAUUAGUUUUCGCAACAUCCAUCAUUGUUCUGGCUUCCAUAACUUUAUAUGUCGCUUUUAUUUUGACGUUGCGACAGUAAAAUCAGGUCUAACAGAACUAUAAAACCUGUUCGCUGAAGUAUCUUUAGCUACAUCCAUCACUAAGUUACUAACCAUAAUUUUUUGAUGUAUCAUCAAAAACUAGUUUUGUUGAAGUCCGUACAGUAGUAUAUCACCAGAGCUGAACUUAUAUGAAUAAGAUGGAAGGGUCAGAAUCAGAUAUAUUGAAUGAAAAUGUGGACUCUGAUGGGGAUCUACCUGAUACACAAAUUGUUGAUGAUAGAGUAUUAAAAGAUGUGGUGGCUUAUGUGGAAGUGAUGUCAAAGAAUGACAACUGUAGUGGAGCAGUGAUGAAAGUCUUACAACAACUUGGUGCAACUGUGACGAAAAAAUUCACCUCAGACGUAACACAUGUAGUGUUCAAAGAAGGAAGUAACAGAACUAGAACAAAAGCACAGAAGAAAGGCAUACAUCUUGUGUCUGUGCUUUGGGUUGAAAAUUGUAAAAUAAACCAGGAGCAUGUUUCAGAGAGGAUGUUUCCAGCAAUUGUACCAAAUCUUAAAGGAAAACCACUCCUGAUGACAAAACUUAGGAAAGCGAAGUCUAUGCAGCCUCGUGAUUUUGAAGAGGAGUUAGCUAGAAGUGGGGAAAGAAUGCGGAGGAAAAAGAAAAAACUUGAUGCCAUAAAUAGACUUGUAACAACAACAACACCUUUGAGUUCACCUGGAGGAUUAAUACUUGUACAAGAUACACAACCUAGGUCACCACAAGACGAGGGUUUUGUGUUUACUCCAGUACGUCUGACCAUACCAGAUACCCCACCUAGUAUGAGGGAGAGAAUGAGGAAAAUAAAACUGGCUAAAGAAGGUGGUGCUGAAUCAACUACUGGUGGUGAUGAUGGUGAUAAUGAUGAUGUUGAUGAUGAAAAACAUCUACAUCUCAAACAGUUACAGAAAAAUCUAUUCAAGUCAAUGGUGUCAAGUGGUAACCGUUCUGGUACAGAUGAAAGUCCUCAUGGUACGACAUCAGUAUUUAUGUCUGAUUCUGAUGAUGCUAAUGUUGAAGAGGAGGAUCCCUUCAUUGUCACAGAGAAGGACAAAACAAACAAAUCAUUAAAACAUGACACCAGUGUUGAUAGUGAAUCUUCUGUAAAUAAUGACAUUAUUAAAAUUGCUCAGAAUAUCAACGCAACUUUGGCUAGUCAGUUAGACAGGAAAGGUUCAGGGUCUUGUGUUUUUGGUUUAGACUCGGAUGAAAACCUAUUAAGCUCUCAGGAGAUACAGGCUGUUAUUAAUUUACCUGUUAAGUUAAAACAGGUGGUUCAUGAUGCUACUAGUGCAUUAAAUAGUGUGGAAAUAAUUAAAAAACCUAGUAGCACUGGUGCUUGUUCUAGUAGUUCAGGGGUUGAUAAAAAGACAAAUCCAAAACAAAAGAAUGAUAUUACAGAUGAGGAAAACCUGACUGUUACUAAAACUAAAGUUGGUAAGAAAACAAUGAAAAAGAAACUUUUGUCAUUAACAGAUUUAACAGAACAACAUUCUGUAUUAGUAGAACCAACAAAAUUCUCAACAGAGGAUAGACCACAGUUAGAGCCUGCUAAAAGGAAACGGGGCAGAAAAAAGAAAGCUGAUCAUGUAGAGAGAGCAUCAGCUAGUAACAAUGACAGUUCCAAUACAAGUAAUGAGGUUGUAAAUGAAGAACAAAGUAAUGAAAAUGAUGAAGGCAGUAGAACAAAAGAUAAUGUGGUAAACAAAAGGAGUAGGAAAAGAACUUCUGGUGAAGGAUUGGAAAAGGAUGUAAAGUGUACAGUUGGUAGAAAAAAGAGAAGUAGUGUUGCUGCAGUGACAGGACAAAGUAAGUCAAAGAGAGGAAAGAAAACACUUGUUGAUGAAACAUGUAUUGAUGUGGCCUCUGACAAAACUGAUAAAGAAAAUGCAGGCCAUUCACCAGUGACAAAACUGCAGGAUGUUACAACACAGUUAAAUCUGACUAAAGAUAAUGGUUUAGUAUGUUCUAUAAGAGAAACAACAUUGUCAUUAUCAAUGUCAACAGCUUAUACUGAUUCAAAUAUGCCAUCAUUUCUAGUAAGUCAGCGUCGCAGUAUUGAUGAAUUUAACAACUCUCAGAGAAACAAUAAAAAACGUAGAGUGAGAGAUAGGUCAGUUUUGACUUCAAUAAGUGAACAAGAGAAUUGUGGUGACUCUUCAUCUAAUGAUUCUAAUAGAUGUGUGAACAGUAGUAAAAGACAUGGUGAUAUAAAUAUGUCUCAACAUAGAAAGAUAGUACGGCCAUCUUUGGUUAUGACAAGUCUUCAUUCAUAUGAACAGGAUGUUGUGAUAUCUGUGGUGAAGAAACUUGGUGGGUUUGUUAUAACAGACAAUGUUAAUGAGACAACUACACAUGUUAUCUGUGGUGAAUCACGCAGAACACUUAAUGUACUCUAUGGUCAUGCACGAGGUAUUUGGUUACUCAGCAAAGAAUGGGUAUUAUCUUCCCUCGAAGCUGGAAAAUGGAUUCCAGAACAAGAGUUUGAAUGUAUAGAUAUUUUUCCUUUUUGUAAGGUAGCAAGACUAGACUGUGGAAACAGCCUUGAUCCAUACAGCAGACAGUCAUUGUUCAAAGGAAUAGGACGUGUAUAUAUAUCAGGCAGAUGUCAACCACCUAGACAACAUCUUGUUCAGCUUCUUAAGUUAUGUGGAGGCCAG